CUACAGGAGUCUGCAGUUGUAUGUAAGUGUGUUUAUUUCAUUGUUUUUAACGUCGUUAGAGUGGUAUUCAUUGCUAGAUUAGGUGCUGUUUGUUAACGGUCUUGAACGCGGGUCGCUUAAACAUGUGUUUGGUGUGUGCGCGCGCUAUAUUUGUGUUGACUUGUCCCAUAGUAUUCACUGCUAGAUUUGUUUAGACCUGUCUCGUAGUAUUCACUGUUAGAUUUUGGUUUGGUUAUCCAGUGUGUGUAAAACUAUCGUCAUUUUAGUGUCUGCAAACAGUGCUUCACUUGUUUUAGAGUAUUAUUUAUUGCUAAAGUGCAGCAUAAUUUAUUUGCACUGUACAGAAGUUGCGUUUGUUCCUGCGCACCCCUCAGUUUUGAUUUCGGGUGACCAUGUGACUAGCUUUGUUGUGCUAAGAGGCAUUAAGGCGUGGCCGCUUUUUCCACUGAACGGCUCGUUUAAGUGUGUAUUUAUUGGACUUAAUGAUGACGCGGAAGCGGAGGCCCUCGUGUAAAGCCCUCCUCAUGUGAAGACCUCCUUGGGUAAAGACCAGCGAGUCUACCUGUGCGAGUCCACCGAGCAAGGACACCGACAAGGCACUACUCACCAAAGCACUUAAGUAUUUUUCUAUUCUAUCUCUUUUAGUAUUUUACAUACAUACAUAAUAACAUGUCUAGUUCACUAAUAACACAUGCCUUCAAGCACAUCCCUGUUAUCUCUUGUAGACCGUUCACAAGAUACAGAUGCAAGACAAAACGCAACCCACACAACCUACGGCCGCUUUGCACUUCAACACCUGCUCCACUCUCGUUCUCAGUGGGACUCUGGAACUGCCAGUCUGCUGUGAACAAAGCUGCCUUCAUUCCAGCUUUCGCCACACAGUCCACCCUCAGCAUCCUGGCACUGACAGAGACAUGGAUACGUCCUGAGGAUACAGCAACACCUGCUGCUCUCUCCAACAACUUCUCCUUUUCCCACACCCCUCGGCAUACUGGUAGGGGUGGGGGAACAGGUUUGCUCAUUCAUAAUAACCUGACUUUUUCACCACAGGCUUCACUAUGUAACAAUAGUUCUUUUGAAUUUUAUGCCAUUACUACAAUGCAACCCACAAAAUUACAUGUUGUUGUCAUCUAUCGCCCUCCAGGUCAGCUGACAAGCUUUCUUGAGGAGUUGGAUGUCCUGCUGUCCUCCUUGCCAGAGGAUGGCAGGCCACUUGUGGUUCUUGGCGAUUUCAACAUACACCAAGACAAGCCCCAGGCCAUCGACUCUUCUGGACUCAUUUGGAAAGACUACAAACCACAGCAACUCACAGAUUGGGCAACCAGCUGGACCUCAUUUUUACACACCAGCACGUACUACACCACCCAGCCCCUGGCUGUCUGAAGUCCUUUGUGAACAUCGGACUGAUCUCAGGGCAGCUGAGAGGAGAUGGCAGAAAUCUAAAGAUCCAGCCGAUCUAGGUAAAUAUCAGCUUCUGCUUGCAACUUUUUCAGAUAACGUUAAAGCUGCAAAAAAUUCAUAUUACCAGACCAAGAUCAACAGCACCACAGACACU